GCGCGUGUGACCCUGCCGGAACGAGCCGCGGGGUUGUUCUCGUUCCCUCAAUUAAGAUUUGACUUUGGCCACUCAACCCAUUGGCCGCUCAACCCUUUGGCCGCUCAACCCAUUGGCCACUCAACCCUUUGGUCGCUCAACCCAUUGGCCGCUCAACCCUUUGGCCACUCAACCCUUUGCUCACUCAACCCUUCAUUCAGACUCAUCGCGUCCGUAGACACCCCUUGCCCUUCGGCUGCGACUGUCGGCGGACCUCCCAAGUGUCUCGUCGCCUCGAGUUGUAUAGAAGGAGGCGGUAGUAGUAGUAGAAUAGCCCUCCCCCCGGCCAAGGACAUGUUCAUCACUACGGCCAACUUGGCGAAAGCAAAAUCCAAGAUGGUGCUGGUGCAGAUGUUGAGCGCUGCCGGCACCGGCUACUGCUUCAAUGCCAAAAGGAAUCGUCUAUCUGAGAAGAUGGUGAUGCGCAAGAAAGACCCCGUCGUCAAUCAGCACGUCCUGUUUUUCGAGAAGAAGAAGAUACGAUCAAUUUAGAAGAGGAGCGGAGUGGAGAAUGUGACGGAAGCAUUCAAAUUCAAAUGCACACCCACCGUGCAAAACGUUACCCACCACAGAGAUCACACACGUAACAACAGGCUGCAAGGCUACCCUUCUCAUCCUUUUAUACAUUGAACGAUAACAUCGAUCAGUUCACUGGUAGUAUCCGUUCUUCUGUUAACGAUACACGCGUUCAAACUUGAUUAUGUUGGUUCGUGUUUGGUGUAUUUUUGGGUACCCAUAAACCCUGCAGCCACGAGAGGACAGCACAUUUACCACAACGGGGAGGAAGAAAUAACAUCGAUGUGGCCUUUUGCCCAAGUUACGACGUGAAUUUCCUUUAAUCUACCCAUGUACACAUUCAACUGUUUCCCAUUCCCACACCUCUCAUUUACCAUCGCCGCGGACAUCUGCACAACCACCGAAAUCAACGAUGUGCUCCAUUGAUUUCUUCAUCAUCAUCAGCCAUGAUCGAUUCACUGUUGGAUGGAUGUAGGCUUCCCCAAUCCACCAUCGCGUCUCAUGGUCCAGGGAAGCAUCUGCACACGAGUUGAUUAGAACCCCUCCAUCUGCUUGUAGGAUGACCUGCAUGGCUCGCACACCAUCGUUAGUCUCAACCACCGACCAAAGAUCACUUUGCAUAAACGUGUCCUGUUCCAGCCGACGCCACCGCUCAAUUCACAGUCAAUAUCACGUCUCUUGCGUUCUCUCGUGUAUUUCUCUUGGUGUGUUAACAGUUAAUCUUAUCGUAUCUGUAUUUAUAACCGUGAGUUUUUGUGUCUUGUUUUAAUGAGCCCAAGGUGGUGCAGCCCGAGUCAAUGUACACCACACAGAUCCGUUUAUCAAGGAAUAUAGGCUUCACGUUAUGAUUCUUGCACAGACCGAGUGGGAAUUCAAUAUACCCUUGUCUUAAGAGCUGUCAUGACUCAUAGGUAAUGGGGUAUAGCGACUUCCUGCCCACUGUACAUAAACAGAGCUCACGCUUGUAUAUACAAUAAUAAACGUGACAUUAUUGC